CGCAAAGGAACGAGUCAAUCCGAGACAACGACGAUUGAUACCCAUUAGUUGCGCCAGAGCUGUACCGUAGUGAUGUCGGCACAGAGAGAAAAAGAGAUUCKUGUGUCGUUGGGUCUCGAAGAAGGUGACGACGACGACGAAGACGCCGACGACGAGCCCCGUCGCUUUUUGCGUUUGCCAUCGGGCCAUUUGCUGUGCUACGGUGGAGACAAUGGCAACGUGAGUUGUUUGCUUCCACGAGUCAAAGAUAGCAGCAGUAAGAAGGACACAAACGAAAGCAAACCUAAAUUCGUUGUUGUGCAACGCUAUGACGAUGCCGUUCGUUGCAUCGACRUCUCCGAUGAUGGGAAGCGCCUCGCCAUAGGUUUCGACACGGGAAAGACCCAAGUACAUUGCUUUGAUGAAUAUAUCGUGCAAGAUAACAACGUCAAUAGCAAUGACGAUGGGGGGAACAAAUCACUUCACCCCUACGUGAAAGCACUCGAGAAGUUCAAGGAUCCACAAGAAAGCGAUGGUGACGGAAUCGGAAAGAACGAYGAUUUCCUGCUGUCUCAAGAUCCAMACUGCAACAUCAAUGACAACACCUUCGGCUACUUUGCCGGACCCGACCUCGGCGCCCCAGCUCGAGACGUGCUCUUCCUCCCAAAUCACUCGAGAUGCGAUGGCGAUCCGUCCGGCUCUUCGCCGAGUCCCUACCUCCUGGCCGUUGCCUCGGAAGCAGGCAUGUUCGUAGUCGACGUCGCAAGCAAGGAAACCAUGGACGGGGCCGAUCGCUGGUUGGAGCAAGAGGCGAAGGAAGCACACGAUCGGUGCGGUAUUCGCGGCCUUGCCACGGGGACUCUCGACAAAAUUACCGUUCUCGCGAGUUUGGCCAUGGACGGCCGUCUGUGUCUCUGGGAUGUCACGGGCAAGACCCUCUUGCAGCGCGAACACAUGCCGUGCGUUCCAAAAAAGGACGUGGGGGAAAUYCAUGAUGCAGACGCUUUCGAUCGGUCGUGUCGGCCGCUCCUAGACCAUUGCGCACGGACGAAGGGUCUAGUGAUCGGGACACCGGGAAAGUUGUCUCCGUGUUUUCGCACGCUCGCAUCGAACGAAAAGGACGAACCAAUGGAUAUCAAAACCGUUCCGGAUUCCUCGUUCGGAGACGCCGCAGAUGCAGAAAAUGGGCACGUGCAAUCCAUUGUCGUUAUGUUGCUCUGCACGGACCGGCUCCUUGUAACCAGCGGACGAGACGGCCGAGUCCUCGUAUGGGAAGGAAUUGYUGCUGAUGCCAAUGCAGACGAUAGUUUUAGGARCCUUGAGUGGAAGGUAGUGGGGAAACACCAACUGGCAUCACCUGCCACAGACUUGAUCGUAGAAAGACCAGCUAGCACGGGAAAGGUAUCACUCUUUUCGGCGUGUGCAAAUGGCAGUCUUCGCGUCUUGGAUAUAUCGAAACACUACCAGAAGCAAGCGCAAUCAAGCACUACGCGUUCCAAAGAGAGCACAAACACUACUGUUGUCAAAGCCAAUUCAAGGGAGGRAGAAGGCGACCAGACGAAGAGAUUGUCUGGUAGCACUUCUGCUCCAAAAAUCCUAAAAAAAGGCCGUUUUAGYGACAACAGCGAAGACGAUGAAUCCGUCGAUUUUUCUUCCUCGGAACAGCCAAAAAACGUUCAUUUUCUGGACGAAGCCCAAGAGGACGACACCGAGAGCGUGGGCAGGAAUAACAAGCCAAGCACGCGAAGCGCAGAAUUUUCGAGUGUCGARUUUGGUAGCAACUCAGAUGGUGACGACGACGACAGCUUGAUAGACAACGAUCUCGAUCGGCUUCCCUUGGUUCCGAACCGAACGGGGUUUACGAACUUGGUCAAACCACAGGCAGCCUUUUCUCCGUCAUCGACCCCCUUGGAUCUGACACGACGAUUCUUGUGCUGGAAUCACAUUGGCAGUGUCACGCUUCUCCAAGGUGACAACAAUCGGAACACAAUCGAUAUCAAUUUUGCCGACUCGGCAUUCAAGCGACCAAUCAGUUUCACCGAUAACAUCAAUUUUAUUAUCGGGAGCAUCGGAGAGAGUGGAGGUAUUUUUGCGUCGGAUCUCAUGGAAGAAGACACCGAAGAAGACGAUGUCGAUGGAUUGGACGAACUCAACAUGUCCGAGCGUACGAAACAAGCGGUGAGACGAGACAGAAGAAAGCGUUCCAAGAACGCCGAAGGAUCUAAGCCAACAGGAUCCAGCAUUUUCUUUUACCGCUUUGAGACUUCGAACUUGGUYAAUCGCAGGAACAAAGAUUGGCAUUUGAUUCUUCCAGAUGGUGAACGCGUAUUGGGUGCAGCUUGUGGGGACGGGUGGGCCGCUGCCAUGACUAGGUAAGGAACAAAUACAACGCACAUCUCGUUUCUCAUGAGUCUACUUUUUUCGCACACCUCACAUUUCCUUUCAAAUUUGCCAUCAACCAAUAAUGCUACGCUUUUCCAGUCGCCAAUUCCUUCGUUUCUUCUCUCCUGGAGGCAACCAAAAUCAAAUGGUCUGGCUCAAAGGAGAGCCAGUUACCAUUGUUGGACGUGGUAGAUUCUUAGCUGUUUUUUAUCACGAAUCCUCUCCGUUAGCGGAUAGAACCCAACAACUUGGUUACACACUGUGGGAUGCGGCAGAGUUCAAGAUUCUUUCGCGCGGCUCUGUAUCGUGCCUCAGUAAGGGAUCUUCUCUGUCAUGGGUAGGUUUCAGCAACGACUUCUCCCUUAUGGUCAUGGAUACUGACGGCAUGCUAUCCAUGUUGAUUUCGACCACCCGGGAGAGCAACGACGAUGCUUUCAUGUGGGAAUGGGCUCCGAUCCUUGAUACGGUCGGUUUGCGCAAGUCAACGGAUGACUGCCAUUGGCCAGUCACGGUGCAUGAUGGGAAAUUAGUAUGCAUCCCGUUGAAGGGCGGCAACACAUACCCAGAUGCAACUCGGCGUCCAGUUACAUCUAUGCUCGGACUUCGGAUGCCGUUGGCCAAAUCAGUUGUAUCGAAGAAGUGAGUGCUUUUGCUGAUUCUGGCUCUUUCUAUCUUCCUCGACAGUAUUCUAUUUCAACGCUCACAAUUUUUCUUACUCAAUCUAGUUCUAUGCUCGAGGAAUUAAGUGUACGUUCUAACAUUGCUCUUUCACAAAAGAAUUUUGUCCGUGAAGUUGAGCGAGAUAACGAAGAUCUUGAGGACGAGUAUGUAGCUCUAUGUGCGCAGGUGGUAAGUUCAUGGAUAGCAGUGUUCAGCAGCGGAUCAAGCGAUUGGUACAUGCGAAACACAGAUGAGCUCAAUCUAUUAUUCGUUACCUCUGACCGUAUAUCGGUUUCUAUUUCUGCAGGAUAAAGUCACACUAAGACU